AUGUCUGAGAUCACCAUCCACUCCUCAAGUCUGUUUGAUCCCAAACAGAAGCAGUUCCUUCCCAAUGUCUCAAUAUCUGUCGACCAAAAGAGUGGCAAUAUCGUCAAAGUAUGGAACCGAGACGAUGAAGCCACGGAAAUCGGAGACAAUGAUAUCGACUUGAGGGGAAAGACAGUCUUACCCGGCCUGGUCGAUGCUCACACACAUAUCUUCCUCCAUGCCUACGCUGAGAGACCAUCUCUGAACCAAAAGCGUGAUGAGAGCCGCACCGAGCGAACCAUUCGUGCCGUUAAUCACUGCCGACUCGCCCUCUCAGCGGGAUUCACAACUUAUCGUGAUCUUGGGUCGGAGUCCAUGGGUGAUGCAGAUGCGCACGUGAGAGAUGCCAUUGCACGUGGGUUGAUGCCUGGACCAAGACUGUUCGUGGCAACCAAAGUCCUGGCGAGUACCGGUUCAUACGAGCCCCGCACGGAAAAUGCCGAGCACGUCUGUCUCCCAUCUGGUGCGGAAGCUGUGGAUGGAGUUGAUGAGAUUCGACGUGCAGUUCGUCGCCGUAUAGCUGCAGGAGCAGACGUGAUCAAAUUCUUUGCCGACUAUCGCCGUCGCAUCAUGCGGUACCCUCCAGCACAGCAGCAUCCCUAUAUUUCCAGUGUUCUACAUCCUCCAGAGCAACCGAACCCCGAUGUCCUCCUUUUCAGCCAAGAGGAGAUGGACAUGAUUGUGCAAGAAGCAGAACUUGCUGAAUGCCCGGUGGCGGCCCAUUGUGGUACCAUCACUGGAGCUCUUUGCGCCGUUCGAGCGGGUGCAAAGACUAUAGAGCACGCCUACUAUGCAAAUGAAGCCCUCUUUGCUGAAAUGGUCAAGCGUGACGUUGUCUUCGUCCCUACGUUGUCUGUGUGCGAGGCUCUUCACCCUAAACGAAUGGAGGAGAUUAAGGCUCAGGUCGCUCUUGCUCACCGGAUGGGGGUCAAAAUGGCUUGUGGAGGGGACACGGGCCCCGUACCCCAUGGUGAGAACGCAAGAGAGCUGGAACUUAUGAUUGAGGCAGGCGUCCCUGUGGAGGACGUUAUCGCAGCUUGUACUUAUGGGGGGUGGGAAGCAUGUGGAGGUGAUCGUUGUGGGUUGAAGUUCGGUUUGUUUGAGGCAGGAAAUCGGGCCGACAUCAUCGCACUUGAGAGUGAUCCCCGGGAGGAUGUAAAGGCCUUUCGAAAAGUCAACUUUGUCAUGAAGGAUGCCACUGUGUGGAAAAGGAAUGGGCACGACCUGCCAAUGGAUAUCUCGACUUAG